AUGGCAUUCUCCAGCCCCUUGCUCACAGUUCUGGCCCUGUCCUUGCUCCCGCCGUCAGCUUUGGCGCAGAAUGACCCGGUGAACGACUUUUGCCGUCGUUUUGGGCAACAGACCGCCGUGGUUGAUAACAAGCUCUUCAUCGAUGGCGGCCUCGUAAAUUGGAAUCCACUCUCAUCCUUUCCCGCCAACUACUCAAAUACAUGGCUUCUAUACCAAGAUCUGUCCUCAUCUACAGCUUCGGGCAUGCCCCCUCUUUACGCCAAUCUCUCCAAGAACGGAUCAAUUCCUAACGUCGCCGGUGGUGCCCUCUGGUCUGACAGUGUUAACAAACGACUCUAUUUGUUUGGCGGGGAACGCAAUGCGGGGGAAUCGCCCAUGCCCUUCAACCUAUACGGCUAUGAUAUUCUGAAUAACCAAUGGGAUUCUUUUGGACCAUCUCGCACAGGAGCUUCGAUAUCAAAGGUAAGCUAUGGCGCAGGAGUCUCUGUCGAUACCCGCGGCGAAGCAUAUUACUAUGGCGGAUGGUUAAGUAACGCCUCCGUUCCUGGUUGGGGCACUGGGCCCCCAGUCGCGACGACUGGCUUGGUUAGAUAUACCAUGGAUACCAAUAGCUUUUCCAACAACACUGGCCCUGACAAUGUACGACGCGCAGAGGGCAGUCUGCAUUACAUCCCCGCUGGAGAUGGUGGAAUGCUCAUCUACUUUGGGGGCAUACAGGAUCUGGCUGGCAACGGAAGUUCCACCAUUGGCCAGCCCAUGGACCAAAUAUUCAUAUAUGAUGUCCUCAGCAGCAAGUGGUACACGCAGAAAGCUUCAGGCGAUGUUCCUGGAAUGCGACGACGAUUCUGCGCGGGCGUAACUUGGGCAGGAGACCAGUCGUCCUACAAUAUCUACAUGUACGGCGGCGCCAAUGUUCCAGGCGUACUGGGCGCGGGAUUCGACGAUCUCUACAUCCUCUCGAUUCCGACCUUUACCUGGAUCAAGAUGUACCCCAUCGGCCGCAACGGGACAGGAGACUACCCUCACCAUUCAAUGUCCUGCAACAUCGUACCUGGCCGUGCGCAGAUGAUCAUCUCGGGCGGCACGUUUCCGCUCUCCCAAGACUGCGAUUCACCCGGGCAAUGGGGAACUCACAACGCGGACCUCGGAAAACAGAAUGCUGGUAAGGUUGUCUGGGAGUUGUACAAGCCCAACAAGACAACGUACGCCGUACCGGACGAAGUCAUUGCCGUAGUAGGAGGCAACGGCAACGGCGGCGCUACAAAGACUGCACCGGCGGCAGGUUUCGACUACACCGACGUCAGCCUCCUAAUCACGCUCACGGCCAGUAUUCCGAGCCGCACGCCGACGAGAGAUGUCGGUAGUACUGGUGCUCCCGCUCCCACAGGAGGUCUAUCUACGGGUGCCAUCAUCGGCAUCGCGAUAGGAGCUGCAGUUCUGGUCGGCGCCAUCGCCAUGGGAUGCUUCUUCCUGGUCCGUAAGCGACGAUCAGACCGAUUCCACACUGGAGCAUCACCGCCAGGACCAAGCCACGUAUAUCACGCCCAGAGCAUGUCAGAAGCGUGGUCACCACCCGCGGCAUCGCCUUACUCACCACCAUACGGUCCCUCUCCAUUCACGCCCCCUCCCCUCUCCGCACAUCCGCAGUCACCGCACCCAAUGUCUCCGCAUCCAAUGUCCGCGCACACGGUCCCGCCGCACAUGGGCCCGCCGGUAGAGCUACCCUCUGAGCCGUCAUACACGACGACACCGACGGCUCUGGCAGGGACGACGACGCUCACAAACAUAUCGUCAACGGCGUCGUAUCCACCGCAGCAGGCGUACUUCCCCGAGACGACGACGCUGCUGAAUCAGCCGCAGUACGACGCCCACGGCAACAUGUGGAUGCCGCAGGUGAGCAUGGUGCAGGUCGCUACUGGGGUGAGCCCGCCGCUGCCCGAGUACACGCCGGCGAGGGGCGACCAGAAGACACCGCAGCCGACGGCGGCCGAGGUGCGGCACGAGCCGCCGCCGCAGGAGCCUCAGGAGCUCAGUGCGGACCCGGAUGACCGGGCGGAGAUGAGUACGCGGCAGGAACAUCAGACGUAUUACAACAGAUAA